AUGCCUCGCGUGAAGAAGCCUGGAGCCUUGGGUGAUCUGGUGUCCGUUGCCAACGUCAAGAACAACAUUGCUGUUGUCAGUUUCUGCCGGGUCAUCACAUCCGUUCUGGCAGGGAUAGUGGCAGGAAUCCUGGGCAUAACGGGCUUGGCUGGCGUCCUCAUCUACCUGGUAUUCCAUGCGCUG